UGCCGUCAAUGCUUGGAAAACCCUCUGCGAGAAGAGAGAGAGCCAUAUCUCGCGUUUCCGCGGAAUCAGACAAAAGUGUAGGCAAAAAUCUUAUUUAAUUUCGUCGCAUCGUGCCGUGCGGUUAGAGAUUUCGUGCCGUGUCGUGUUCGUUCUUUUUGCCCAAGCGAAAAGACAACUCCCCAGACAUUAGCAGAUUUCCACAGUUCCGUGUGCUUCCCCCUGUGUGCCGCCCCACCACCACCUUCGGCAGACCACCAAGUGAAGUAAAUCCAAAAGUGACAUUCGCACUGUAAAGGAGUGGUGCAGAAAGGAAAGGCCGUAUUUUUGUGUGGCGAAGAUAAACCCGUUCCGAGGAGGUGCAAAAUGUUGAUCAAAGAAUUUCGAGUUACGCUGCCAUUGACGGUCGAAGAGUACCAAGUAGCACAGCUGUACUGCGUGGCGGAAGUGUCCAAAAACGAAACCGGUGGCGGCGAAGGUAUUGAGGUGCUGAAAAAUGAACCCUUUGACAACUAUCCACUGCUCGGUGGAAAGUACAAUUCCGGCCAGUAUACGUACAAAAUCUAUCAUUUGGCCUCGAAGGUACCGGCCUUCAUCCGGCUGCUCGCACCCAAGGGAUCGCUAGAAGUGCACGAGGAAGCCUGGAAUGCAUAUCCGUACUGCCGGACAGUCAUAACCAAUCCCGGCUACAUGAAGGAUAAUUUCAUCAUCUGUAUCGAAUCAUUACACGUCGCCGACGCCGGCGAUCAACCUAAUGCCCAUGAGUUGACGCCGGAAAAGCUAAAGCAGCGCGACGUGGUGCACAUCGACAUUGCAAACGAUCCCGUCUCGCAGACGGACUACAGAGAGACCGAGGAUCCCACGAAGUUCAAGUCGAAGAAAACUGGCCGUGGCCCGCUGGUCGGCCCGGACUGGAAGAAGAGCGUGUCGCCGGUAAUGACCUGCUAUAAGCUGGUCACCUGCGAGUUUAAAUGGUUCGGGCUGCAGUCCAGAAUAGAGAACUUCAUCCAGAAGUCGGAGCGGAGACUGUUCACCAUAUUCCACCGGCAAGUGUUCUGCUGGAUGGACAGCUGGCACGGACUGACGAUGCAGGACAUCCGUGAGCUGGAGGACAAAACCAAAGAGGAGCUGGACAAACAGCGCCAUGUCGGUGAGGUGCGCGGUAUGCGUGCCGAAAGUGACUAGAUCAUCCCAUUUGCCUCCCCCUCCCUCGGGUACCGAUCAACCGUUUGCUAUAAGCUGUGAGCAGAAAACAAUGAAGAAUACAACCGAACCGGGCGUAGGAAUGUGUUGGCUUGGCGAAUGCGACGUUUGGGGUGUCCACCAUUCGGCCCCAUGCGCAUUCUCCUUCUGAGAGCCGUGCGUGGCCUGUUGCUCCGUUAUGAGGGGGAUAUUUUUUCCGGAAGGGCGUCUGAUAAAACGGAAUCGAAGCUGAGGAUAUAUAGGAGGAGGAGGAUGAGGAGGAGUGUGUUUAUUAUUAUUUUUUCAGUUUUUGCUCGGUUUUUGUCGUAAGCUUUGUUUUGAUUUAUCAUUUUUGUUUCGUUUUUCUUCAUCUCUGUUUUGCCGGCAAAGCAAACGCAUGUUUGGUGGAAAAGAGACAGAGCGAAAAGAAGAUAGAAAAGUGUAAGAAGAAGUGGCAGGGUUUAACGGGAAGUAUAAUUAUGGUGGUGUUAUAAAUGCAACUAGGCAACACGGGACAAAAACAUAAACUAUCAGUAGGAUCGAAAGCAUGAAUUAGUACAGAGAAUAUGUGUGUGUGCGCGUGUUGUCGGUGAGUAGAUUCACCGUGUGAGUGCAGCAGGAUCGCCAGACAAGAGUCAGAUAAAAAUAGUGCAAAACACACAUUGCAAUAGCGUAAGCAAAACCAGUAGACAAUUACUGAACUCACACGCAUGUGCACAGCAGCACCCAAGCUCGAGUAGAGGAUGGCCGCAGGACGUAACAUUCGCAAACGUUAAACCAUUUACCCCCUCCCAUAACUGAAAAAAAACACAUAGAAUGGGUGAAUUCCGAAUAAAUUGCAAUAGUGUGAAUAGAGCAAGAGAUAGUAUUGCGCACCCAUCGCUGGUGUGCGUUCAGAGAAGAGGUCAGAAUUAAAAAUGUGAUGUGCACAUGUGGAUCUGUGUGUGAAAACAUUUAAGAAACACAACUACUAAUCUUCAACCAUUGUGUGUACCAUCGUCGUGGAACCACGGUGCGGCAAUAGGCGGACGGAAAUCAUCUACUGAAAGUAGAUAUCCGAUAAUCUAUUCACAGCUACAUACUGUUUGGCGAUGCAAGCUGCAAAGAAAACUACUACACAAACAAACAUACCUUGACAUAGCAAACAAGCAAUAUUAGUUGUGGGCUGCUACACUUACUGCCCUUCCCGAUGUCUUACGGGGCGACAACUUGAGCUAGUGAUAAAUAAGUAGAGCAGACUAACACGCGCAUUGCAAUUGCAAAACAAACAAACAACCGCUAUAUACAUAUAUCUACUAACUACUGGGCACAUAACGGCUGCUAACCCUUACAAUGGCGCUAUCCCCAAUAAUAGCAAAGCCUAUUUUCCAUUUGCAAAAGCACACUAGUACACGCGAGCGAACGAGAAAUGCCAUGGAAGAAUAUAGAGAGUGCAUAAAGGGAAAGGAAGACAGGAAGCAAACAUACAGACAAACGUACAUUGGAGGUGGAAGAGAAAGUGACAAAAAAAUGCUAGAGAAAAGAAAAAAAAGGGAAAAGGAAAAAAGCGAAGAGUUCAAUAAAACACCACUUGAAAAAUAUCUGUAUGAAACCGGGGCGCAUCUGUGCGCAUAUGUGUGUGUGUGUGCACCAACUAUAAAGCGAAAGAAACAUGCAUAAUGCACCAUCCAACCAAAGAAGUAUGACGUUGUUGCACUCGUUAUUGUUUUUGCAAAACGUCAGAAGGGAAAAAGGGAAGCGUGGAAAUGCCUAGGACAGCUGUGAUGCAGUCGUAUAUUACUUAUUGUAACUUCUGUGGCCGAAGUGAAACCGAAGAGGUCGUGCGGUGAAGAGAAACUUGGUUAUUCAAAACAACACCACCAUGCGCCUCCAUUUGCCGGGCGUAAUUCAUUUGGUAUCUCUCCUGUUACAUUCACUGCAAGUCUCUAUCUCUCUUUGUGUGUAUGUAUGUAUGCAUAGUUUAUGGCAAACAGUACAAAGUGCAUUCUUUUAUAGAAUUUGUUAUUUAAUCUCUUUUUAGAUUGUUAUUUGUUGUCACGUAGUAGUGGAAGUGCAAGGUAAGUUCCUUUUUUUUAUUUUAAUUUCAUUUGAUUUAUUUGUAUUUUUGAAUAGAUUGUGUAACCAUUCUUUUGUUGUUGCAAAUAACUUAAAACUUUUCUGUUAAAAUCAAUUCCAAAUAGGGGGAAAGUUGCUCAACAGCAACCGGUUUAGUCACAGUGUACAAACAUACACACGAAAAUAGCAAAGUUGUACUACAUUCAAAACUGCAAUUAACAGUGCAAAGUGUUCAUUACCAAAUCGUAUAUCAAUGUUACCGACACCUGCGUAAGUAAAUGAACAAGUGAACGAACGAACGACAAAACUACAGCCGAGCAUCACGUAUUGACGUAAUAGAGUGAAUAAGUACAUGAACAAACAAACAGCAAAUAAAAGUUGCAUUAAACGAGUAACUUUUCCCAACAACAAAGCUAUAGCGAGAUUCAAAGCGCAAGACAAUACUUACAAAUGAGAAACAUACAGUUCAGCAUCCACUGGUACCAUCUUUGAAUUAACUGUAACGAGGGGGGAGCUAAACGUGAGAGAGUGAAUGGUGCAACAAUGGUAUAUUAUACACAUAACGUUACGCGCCAGCUAAUGCAGAGCUAGUAAAUACUAUCUAAUAGCGAAUUAAAACGCUGCGGAUGCUCACUCGUACGCCUAGUCGUCUUCAGGUGGCAAGUUCCUCCAACAUGUAUGUGGUUGGUUUCAAUUGGAAGAUGGACGGUACGGAAGCGUAGGCUUUUCCGUAUACCUGACCCACGCGUUGACUAGCAUUGCGGUCUCGUGGCAGCUUGUUUGGCCACCAAAUGUACAACGGUUCUCUUUCGUCAGUUCUCAGUAUUGUAACCACAUUGCAUUGCCCCGAAGCCGUCCUUUUCUAUCCCGACACCUGUGUACACAUGUUUCCAUCUGGUGACAGAACGGGAGCGAUUUUCUCUGACGUAAAGCAGAAAGUACUGAUUUUACUGCAUAUGUAAUGCGUUCUAACAGACCAUUUUGAAUACUUAGCGGCCGCAACACAGCAAAAGCGCCACUCGAAAGCGCUUCGGUUCUCGAUACAGAGCAAAGAAAAACUCACGAACAAUACAAAUCCCUAGUAUACACGCAAACAAACACUUGAACUUUACAGUUUUAACAGUGUAUUUACCCAACCUUGAUGAAAUUGAUUGCUGUAUCUAACGCUUAAUUUGAAGUAUUUGCAAAAAUUUGCUAGGGUUGUUUGCCACCUGCAUCAACUUUUCGCUUACCAUAAACAAAAGUACUGUUUUGCAAUGG